CCGCAUUCGGCCGUGGACCGUCAGCGAGCGCGCCGCCCAGCCGUUUGCUUCGCGAUACGCAACCUACACCAACACUGACGCCAUUGAACCGCGCUUGACGAAUUAUCAAUCAUCAUUGCCUAAUGAUAGGUGAAGAGGAACGUAUGCACCAGUGCGGGGAAUGCGGGCUGACGCUGUCGACCCGCAGCGCGCUGACAGCCCACGCCCGCUCGCACCGCGUCGCCGCCGAUGCCCACCGCUGCGACGUCUGCCACAAGACCUUCGCCGUGCCGGCGCGGCUCGUCCGUCACUACCGAACCCACACGGGCGAAAGACCUUUCGAGUGCGAAUAUUGCCACAAGAUGUUCAGUGUUAAGGAGAAUCUGCAAGUUCACCGGAGAAUUCAUACUAAGGAGCGGCCGUAUCGCUGUAGCGUCUGCGGCGCUGCCUUCGAGCACUCGGGGAAACUCCAUCGUCACGCCCGCAUCCAUACGGGCGAGAGGCCCCACGCCUGCCAGCACUGUCAUAAAACUUUUAUUCAGUCAGGCCAGCUGGUCAUUCAUAUGAGAACGCACACCGGAGAAAAACCAUACCGCUGUCCGGCGCCGGGUUGCGGAAAAGGAUUUACAUGCUCGAAGCAGCUCAAGGUGCACUCCCGCACUCACACGGGCGAGCGGCCCUAUACCUGCGACAUCUGUCUGCGAGACUUCGGAUACAACCACGUGCUCAAGCUUCACCGCUUCCAGCACUACGGCGAGCGCUGUUACCGUUGCACAGUCUGCGACGGUACCUUCAACACAAAGAAGCAAAUGGAAGCUCACAUAUACAAAGAGCAUGGAGCAGAAACGCCCCGAGCAGCCGCAUCUUUGUCUACCGCCCCAGGGGCUGGCAACGGCAAUCCGAUGUGUGACCUGGUGAAGGUGGCCUUGCAGCAGAUGCCGCCGACGCCGCCGAGCUCGCCGCCGUCGCCGCCGUGCACCAUCACGAUGAUUCCCGCCGCGUCGCCGGCUCUCGUCCCCGCGGCCGCCCCCGCAGUCGAUCCGGCGCCCGCCCCCGCCCCCGCGCCCACCUCCAAUCCAUCCCCAUCCCCUUCGCCCCCUACGACCAGCCUACAAUUCACUCUCGCUCCUUCCUCUCUCCCGCCUAGAAAGCGAAAGCUUAUUCCUUAUCACGAUUCGCUAUCCGAGUCCGCGUCGGUGUCGGUGCCCGCGGUGCGCCACACAUCAGUGAUACAGUUUGCGCCGCCCGCCGCCGCCGGCCUCUCCUAGCAUCACUUAGCAUUCAAUUUGUAAUUAAAUGUUACAUUAAGUCGUAAUACUUUAUUAUUAUCGAAGGCUGUACAUUAUGAUGGUAGCGUUGGUUAAUUUGUUUUAGUAAGGUGUAAAUGUGAUUGUUGAUUUGCAAAUUUUCCAAUUAUGUCUGGUACAUGCAAGAAUGAUUGUUUCUAUCUAUAACUUGGUAAAAGACUAAUUAGUUCUUUAAUUAGAUUAAUUGUAACGUCAUUGUUUACUAGAACCACUUUUGUAUUUAUCUUUUAUGU